CUCAGCGAGGCUGGUGUACACAUACGGUUCCUACUUCGGGGAGAGUUGAUGAUUAGAGCCAUGGAUGCGCGUGCGGAGGUCGGCCCUGCUCCCUCCCCCACACGUCAUGCGGCGAGCGCGACACCACCAGCCCAUGCCUCAACCACCACAACGGCCAUGGACAGCACUGAAGAGUCCCUCUGGCCAGACCAACCCUCUCCACUCCAUUGCGACCACCGAUUCAUUGCUUCCAACGCCCACAGGCCAUCUUAA